AUGUGUGGAAUCUUCGGAUACAUUAAUUACUUGGUGGAGAAGGAUAGAAAGUACAUUCUCGACACACUUGUCAAUGGUCUUUCGCGCCUUGAAUACCGUGGUUACGAUUCUGCUGGUCUCGCCAUCGAUGGAGACAAGAAGAAUGAAGUCUUUGCAUUCAAGGAGGUCGGCAAAGUUGCAAAGUUGAAGGCUCUCAUCGAGCAGGAGAAGCCAGAUCUCACCAAGGUCUUCGAUUCCCACGCCGGUAUUGCACACACCAGAUGGGCUACUCACGGUCCUCCAUCUCGUCUUAAUUGCCAUCCUCACAGAUCUGACCCCUCCUGGCAAUUCUCGGUCGUACACAAUGGUAUCAUUACCAAUUACAAGGAGUUGAAGACUCUGUUGACAUCAAAGGGCUUCAAGUUUGAGACCGAGACCGACACAGAAUGCAUUGCCAAGCUUGCAAAAUACCUUUACGACCAACACCCAACAAUCGGUUUCACAGAUUUGGCAAAGGCAGUUAUUAAGGAAUUGCAAGGUGCUUUUGGUCUCUUGAUGAAGUCAGUACACUACCCACAUGAGGUUAUUGCUGCACGUAAGGGUUCGCCCUUGGUUAUUGGUGUACGAACAGAGAAGCGCAUGAAGGUCGAUUUUGUUGACGUCGAGUACGCUGAGGAUGGACCAUUGCCUGCCGAGAAGGCUUCACAAAACGCCGCAUUGAAGAAAUCCAGCGUUGGAAACUUUCUCUCCGCUAGCAAUGCUCUUGCUCCAGCAGACAAGUCCUUGUUGCACAGAUCCCAAUCCCGUGCCUUCAUGACUGAUGAUGGAGCUCCAAUGCCAACCGAGUUUUUCCUUUCUUCAGAUCCUUCCGCUAUCGUCGAGCACACCAAGAAGGUCAUGUACCUUGAAGAUGAUGAUAUCGCUCACAUCCAUGAGGGUUCCUUGAACAUCCACAGACUCACCAAGGUUGAUGGCUCAUCCAAUGUCCGCACAAUUCAAACUCUUGAGUUGGAACUCCAAGAGAUCAUGAAGGGCAAAUUCGAUCAUUUCAUGCAAAAGGAGAUUUUCGAACAACCAGAAUCAGUCAUCAACACAAUGAGAGGACGCUUGGAUGUCGAGAACAAGACAGUCACACUCGGUGGUUUGAGAUCAUACAUCGCCACUAUCCGACGUUGCAGAAGAAUCAUAUUCAUCGCUUGCGGUACUAGUUAUCACUCUUGCAUGGCGGUUCGUGGUGCUUUCGAAGAGCUGACUGAAAUUCCAAUUGCCGUCGAGCUGGCCUCGGAUUUCCUCGAUAGACAAGCGCCCGUCUUCCGUGAUGAUACUUGUGUCUUCGUUUCUCAAUCUGGUGAGACUGCCGAUUCCUUGAUGGCUCUACGAUACUGCUUAGAGCGCGGUGCGUUGACCGUUGGUAUUGUCAAUGUUGUCGGUUCCUCCAUCUCCCUCCUCACUCACUGUGGUGUUCACGUCAACGCUGGUCCCGAAAUCGGUGUUGCUUCUACCAAGGCCUACACUUCUCAAUUCAUUGCUAUGAUCAUGUUUGCUCUCUCCUUGAGUGAAGAUCGUUCCUCGAAACAGAAGAGACGCGAGGACAUUAUGGAUGGACUUGGAAAGAUCUCAGGACAAAUCAAGGAGGUCUUAGAGCUCGAUCAACCAAUCAAGGAGCUUUGUGCCAGAACCUUCAAGGACCAAAAGAGUUUGUUGCUUUUGGGUAGAGGUAGCCAAUAUUCCACUGCUUUGGAGGGUGCUCUCAAGAUCAAGGAAAUUUCUUACCUCCAUUGCGAGGCUGUCAUGUCUGGUGAACUUAAGCACGGUGUUUUGGCAUUGGUUGAUGAGAAUUUACCAAUCAUCAUGAUUCUUACUCGUGAUGAGAUUUUUGCUAAGUCUCUGAACGCUUAUCAACAAGUCAUUGCUCGUUCUGGCAAGCCGAUUGUUAUCUGCAACCCCGGAGAUGAGGAAUUCCAGACCAGUCAAGCCGAGAAGAUUGAGAUCCCAGCUACCAUUGACUGCUUGCAAGGUCUCCUCAACGUUCUCCCACUCCAACUUAUUUCCUACCACUUGGCUGUUGCCGGUGGUCUCAACGUCGAUUUCCCAAGAAACUUGGCCAAGUCAGUUACCGUUGAGUAA